AGUAAUGUCAUUGUUGCACGGGUGUUGUCGAUUGCGCGCACCACCAUGAUUGCACCACUUGAGGCCGAGAGUGUGCGAAUCGGCGCGGCGCUGGCCACGCCUCCGCGCCUGACGUCGGCAUUGGCGGCGGCUGCGCGCUGGCGGCGGCGCCGCGGCCGCCCCCGGCGCCGUGGCCGGCCUCGGGUGCCACAUGAUCGCCGCCGCUCGUCGCCUCCGCCAGUCGACACGGGCCGCUCCGCUCGCCCGCCGCCGCCGCUGAAGUUGGCCCCGUCGCCGCCGUGGAGCUGAACAACCCGUCGUCGGCCGCCAGCGCCGUCGCCGCACCACCGCCGCCCACAAUUCUGCAGACUCAGUCCCCGACGCCCUCCGCAGCCGCCGCCGCCGCCGCCCCCGGCUCGGAGGCCAGCAAUCCGCUCUGGUGGCCGCCGCCAUCCAGGUACAACAGCAUCUUCAUCCCCCUGCCGACUUCGCAAAGCGCCAAGAUCGCAGGCACUCAACAGCGCAACAUGUUCUGCUACCACUGUCCGCCGUCGCUUCACCCGAGCUCGGCGCCCAGGUUGCCAGCCCUGGAGUACCCUUUCACCCCGACGCACCCUUACACGAGUUACUCCUACCACCCCGCCAUCCACGAGGACACCUUUGUCAGGAGAAAGCAGCGACGCAACCGCACCACCUUUACCCUCCAGCAGUUGGAGGAAUUAGAGAACGCGUUCGCACAAACGCACUACCCGGAUGUGUUCACCAGGGAGGAUUUGGCGAUGAAAAUCAAUUUGACCGAAGCCAGAGUGCAGGUGUGGUUCCAGAACCGCAGAGCAAAAUGGCGCAAGGCCGAGCGACUCAAGGAGGAGCAGCGCAAGCGAGACGAGCAGGACAAAUCCAAGCCUAUUACAUCGGAAAAAUCGAUCAGCGAUAAGACAGAGGAUCUGUGCUCAGGUGCAAGCAGCCGCAGCGCCAACAGCAGUCCCGCCGUGAUGACCAACGCGACCGAGGACCCCAGAAGGCCCGGUUCCGCGUCCGACCACGACAUAGAUGACGACGACAGCCACGGCGCCGAGGUCGGCUCCCGAGCGGCCGCCUCACCCUCGUACAGUCACAGUUCUGCUCGCAGUUCUCCGCGACCUCCGCAGACGAGCGUCCCGGCCGCCGGCCGUCCUGGCACGCCCACCUCUGAGGGCACGUCAGCCUCGGGCAGCACCGCCUCCCUCAGGGGCCCGCUGUCCAACAUUUCGCCCUUCGGAUCUCAUCUCUUCCCCAGCUUCUCGUCCUCUGACAGCAGCUUCAGACCACUGGUGGACGGCGCCGCCGCCUCGGCAGGGACCAAUCGCACCUCAGCGAAUCCGCCGCCGCCGCUCUUUUUCCCACCGCACCUCACCUCCCAGUUCGCGCCACCCUUGUUCCCUGGGCUCAAAGCAUUUCCCGGCCUGUGUUCGUGCUGUCCGUCGAUGAAGCCGUCGGGUCUGCACCACCACGGCUCCGGCCUGAUGAGCUCUUUGGCGGCCGCGGCGGCCGUGGCGCAGGAGCAGGAGCAGCGCUCGUCGAGCGUGGCCGAGCUGCGGCGCAAGGCGCAGGAGCACUCGGCCGCCCUGCUGCACAGCCUGCACCACGUGGCCAGCAUCAGGGCGCAGCAGCACACGCAGAGCGCCGUGGCCGCCGCGGCCGUCGCCUCGCUGCACUCGGCCCUCCAGCACCAGCAGCAGCAGCACCAACAACAACAACAACAGCAACAACAGCAGCAACAGCCGAUGAACCUGCACCAGGCCAUGCGCAAGUCGCCGUCCGGCUCGCCACCGUCGGACGCGGCCCGCGCGGCCCACGACGCCUCCAGCAGGCCCGGAUCGCCCUCGCCGUGAAGCGGAAGACGAAAUCAAAUCGCGCAUUUUUUUAUUUGAAAUUCCUAUUAAUUUUACGAGAAGAGACAAUUGGCUGCUUUUCCAUUUGGUUCAAGACUGGUAUGUUAAUUUUUAAUCCAUUCUUCGAAUUGUUAGGUUUAAUUAUGAACAAACACAAAUUAAAAAAGGAUAAUGCUGCGUUAACACACUUUUAGCGAGUUAGAAGUAGUGAUUUUUCCAACUCGAAACGUUUUUAUAAAUAUUUUUAAAUAAAAGUUACCAAUACGAAGAAUAAGAUAAUUUCAUUGGACGUCACGUUUUAAUGGAUAGUAAAAAUAUUGAUUAUUCGAGCACUCUUCAAUAAUGAAAAUAAAAUUACCAUAUAAAUUCAUUAUCAUUUGACGGUGCUAACGAGUUAUUGAGCUUCCGAAGCAAUAACAUCCACAUUUUUUUAACAUUUUGAAGCCAUUUUUGCAAGACGCAUUGAUUCACAAAUACAAUUUUUUUUAAUUUCCUCAAUUUAAGACUUAAUAUAGCUGGUAUAAUUAAAAUAGCUCUGUAAUUUCUACAAUUUUUGCUUUUAUAGACCAAAUUUUUACAAGAUAAAGAGCUCAGAAAAAAUCCGCAAAGGAAUUUAAUUAAAAUUACAAAAAUUCAUGGCUACAAAAUUGUGUCUCAACCAAAUUUUACGCAAAUGGAAUGAACAAAAUAUUUUAAAAUAAAUUUUGAAAUAGUUGAUGGUCACCGCUAAACUCACCCUAAAUAAUUAAAAUUGACGAUUCUAGUUCUUAUUAAUUUUCAUCUUCUCAAAAUUAAAAAUUUUCACCACCAUUUCAAUGGAACCCUCCCUGAUUGUUUCUCUGUAAGUUAAUAUUUGAAAUAAAUACAGUAUUCUGCAAAUUCUGAUCUCAACAGCUCUAACUUUUAAUAUUUUUGGACCCCAAUCCACCUCUCUUCGAGCGAUGUUAGUGGCCUCUAGAGACCAAUAGAAGCAAGGUCAAAGACGCAUAAUUAUUGCAGCAAACUUCGAACACUUUUCUUUCAAACAAUUUUUCACUUGCCGCUAGAAACGCUAUUAGCUGAAGAAAAAUUCCAGGAAAAGAGAUACUUGACUUGCUUUAAGUGUGUUAACCCAGUUUGAUUUUUAAAUUUAAAAAAAAAAAUUGUCUGGAAACUGCACCAAGAUGGCACACCACGGUCAAUAACUCAAACUUUUGAGGAGCGUUCCAAUUUUGACUAAUGUGAAAAUCCUUUAUUCUUUCUGACACGAAAUCCGAUCAAAAACAACCAAAUCAAUUUCCAACAUGUUUCGCCUCAAAGCUACGCUCAUGAGAAAUCAUACUUUUGACUGUGGUGCCAUCUGGUGAUGCUCCUAAUCACAAACGACUUGUGUUUUUCUCAUCUAUCUAAGCGAAACCAACAAACAUCAACGCGUUUUAGCCGUAAGCACGAAUAGCAUGAUUUUAUAAUAGCAGUCCGAGAAGAGUAUAAUAGCUAAUUGGCAAUUUGAACUCGAUUAGUGUUGUGAAUCUAGGAAUUUGACACGAGAACAAGUCAGCAUGCGAUACAUCCCUUCUUAAUCCAAGUUGAAGUUUACUAUUGUUGUAAAUAACGAGCACGUCACAAACUUUUUAAAUAAAUAAUAAUAUGUAUAAUUCAAUAGGUCACAGUUGUUGAUUGUUAUACGCGCCGCAUUUAUUGAAGCAUUUUCGUCAUUUGGAGGAAACGCUGUAGAUACUUGAUUUCAGUGUUAAAUGUGUAUACCAACAGCCGUGCAAGCUAAUCAUGGUUAUAAUCUCACAAAAUGAUCGUUGUUAUCCCCACCUUUAAAUUAGUCAGGAAACGCGAAGGAUUAUUUGUUAAACUUAAGGUGUCCUACCUAAAUAACUUCAUUCCCUCGAAAUGGAUGUUGUGUGUAACUAUAUAUUACUCCGUAAUAAAUUAUUGGUAAAAACCGAAAGAC